CUCUUUCAUCUGAAUUCAAACACCCACUUUCCAUCUUUCUCGCAUCAAAUCCCGAUUCUUACCAUUUUCUAAUCUCUUCUCUCCACCAAUCUCAUCAAAAUGAAUGAUUUGUUGACUAAAUCCUUCACUAGCUACGUAGAUCUGAAGAAAUCAUCCAUGAAAGACAUAGAUCUGGAAGCAGGUCCAGAGCACGAUCUCCAAAUGCACACCAUACAACAACCAGAUCACAACCUCACCUCUUUCCUCCAUGAAGCCGAGCUCGUGAAACAAGAGAUGAACUCAAUCAAAGAAACUCUAGCUCACCUGCAAGCAGCGAAUCAGGAAUCCAAAACGCUUCACAAACCAGAUGCAUUGAAGUCAAUCCGGCGUCAGAUCAACGGAGACAUCGUCACUGUGCUGAAAAAAGCAAAAUCGAUCAAAUCUCGCUUGGAGGAGAUGGAUCGGGCAAACGCUGAGAGCAGGAGGUUGUCAGGUUGUAAACAGGGAACUCCGGUGGAUAGAACGAGAACAGCGGUGGCGAAUGGGCUGAGGAAGAAGCUAAAGGAGCUAAUGAUGGAUUUUCAGGAACUGAGACAAAGGCUAAUGAGCGAUUAUAAGGAGACAGUUGGCCGGAGAUACUUUACUGUCACCGGAGAACAACCGAAUGAAGAAGAGAUUGAGAAGAUCAUCUCCAGUGGAUCCGAUGGACAAGGCGGCGAAGAGUUUUUAUCCAGAGCUAUUCAGGAGCAUGGUCGGGGAAAGGUGUUGGAGACGGUGGUGGAGAUCCAAGACCGCCAUGACGCCGCCAAGGAGAUAGAAACAAGCCUACUGGAGCUCCACCAAGUGUUCUUAGACAUGGCAGUGAUGGUGGAAGCUCAAGGUGAGAAGAUGGAUGAUAUCGAGCAUCAUGUCAUGAAUGCAGCUCAUUAUGUGAAUGAUGGAACCAAAAACUUGAAAACAGCUAAAGUUUAUCAAAAGAGCAGCAGAAAGUUCGAUGAGUCAAUGGAGACGGAAGAGAUAACCACCGCCGGGAGCAGCGACGAUGGGCCGUCGUCGACGAUUGCGCCGGAGGGAGUAUGUGUCAACGAUUCUUCAAAACAGAUGGGAAGAAUGGAGGGAGGCGCAUAUGCAAAGUGA